AUGGCGUCCAGUUCGACCGACCAAGUGAGCGAGGUCUUUGAAAAGGCCAAAGCUGAUUUUCUGAAUGGAAUCAAAGACCAGAAACUGCGCAACCAGCUUCAAAAGGCGACGACAAUUGACGAUAUUUGGGACUACACCGAACAGCUCCAAAAGGACCAGGCAAGCAAUAAGCGACUACGAGGCAUGAAGAGAAUCGGGCCUUAUAUCGAGCGACUGCAAGAAUACGCCGGUGUAAUUGAAGUCUUUGUCCAAGUCAAACCGGAUAUUCUUGCUCUCAUCUGGGGCCCGAUUAAGCUCUUACUUCAAGUUUCGAGUAACCUCAUCGCUUCCUUCGACGCGAUUCUUGGUGUGAUGAAGAAUAUGGGGUCGAUUCUUCCUAGGUUCAACGAAUUUGUUCCGUUGUUCAAGAAUAAUGAGCGCUUGAAAUAUGUUCUAGGGCUGUUCUUCCAGGACAUACUCGAUUUCUACCUCGUUUCUCUACGAUUCUUUGGACUUACCCGUUGGAAAGUCUUUUUUGAGUCAUUGUGGCCAGCACGCCGAGCCGAGAUACAGGUCAUUGCUGAAAACAUAGAAAAGCACAGGCUUUUGUUUUGUAACGAGAUCACGCUCAACGACAUUUUGGAAGCCCACACAGCGCGAAAGAAGGCUCUUGAACACUACGCCGAAACCCGAGAGUUUCAAGAACGUCAGGACUUUCACUCUAUGGAGACUUACAUACGCCCUCCUUCUUACGACGAAGACCUCGAUCGCAUUCGCAAUAGCCGGUGUAAAGGGACUGGGUCAUGGCUAGUUCAAGACCAGCAGUUUGUCAGUUGGGCUGAAGGGAAGGAGAAAUCUCAUCAGGUUCUAUGGUUGCAAGGCAUUCCUGGAGCAGGCAAGUACUAA